AUGAAUACAUUUUUAAAUUUGGCAGAGAAUAAAAAAGACAAAAGGAGGAAUUUACUGUGCUGUAGAUCAUUUGAAGAUUGUCGAAAUUUAAUUUUCUUAAAUUAUAAGCUAUUUUAUCAUAUGACUAAAUGCAAGGGUUAG